GGUCGAGGAAAGACGUACAUCCGCUGUUGCUAGUCGUGCACACUCACCAGCACGCACCAAGCCGAGUCCUGACAAUAACUGACCGUACUCCACAACGGGAUUUGGUACUACCCGUCUUACUCGAGGACUUCCUGCAACGCCGCUCUAACCCGUGCGUGCCCUUUGGCCCAGCGAUUAUGAAGCGCAGUCUAAGUGAUAGUGAUUCCGAGGAUGUUUUCGAUGACGAUCUUAAGUCAAGUUCGCCAUCUCAAAGUUGUCAUGUCACAGACAGGAAAAAAAGACGCGGGAUUAUUGAGAAGAGAAGAAGGGAUCGCAUUAAUAACAGUUUGUCUGAGCUUAGAAGACUAGUGCCCACAGCAUUUGAGAAACAGGGCUCCGCCAAGCUGGAAAAGGCCGAAAUCCUGCAAAUGACAGUCGACCACCUCAAAAUGCUACACCAAAAAGGUAUUAAUGGCUAUAACUACUCAGAUCCCCACGCCCUAGCUGUGGAUUACAGAGGGAUCGGAUUCCGUGAGUGCGCAGCCGAGGUGGCCCGUUACUUGGUAACAGUCGAGGGCAUGGACCUUCAGGACCCCAUGCGUCUUCGUCUCCUCAGCCACUUGCAGUGUUUUUCAGCCACAAAAGCUUCCAUCCAAACCACUUCUUGGACGGCCAUGUCAGCGCACCCUUCUCUCAAUUCACAGUAUGGCAGCAACUCCAUGACGUCAAUGGGAGGCAUGCUCACGUCGCAACAUUCCAGCCAAUCAGAUCCACUCACAAUGACCAGCCAUUCGUCGUUGUCUAGCGGACAGCCAGUGUCGUAUAGCAGCGAAUCUCGCCUUAGCCAAUCGGAUAGCCACGUUUCAUCGUCACUCCAUUCACAUAUGCGAUCGUUGACGUCAUCGGGAAGUGUCGGCAAUCAGUUAUCGGGAAUGACGUCAUCUAGUGCGCAAGUGCAACAGAUUUCUCCGCCUGUACUUCCGGGAUUGCCACAACUUCAUUCUCAAUUCCCGGUGUCCCUGAACUCUAUGAUGUCGCCCUCUGGCGGCCAUUCCUAUAGUAACUCUCUAAACCAACAUCCAUCGGUGAAACCUUAUAGGCCAUGGGGUGCGGAAUUGGCAUACUGAGUCACCCUCGCUUCCACCUUGAAAACAAUUGUAUGUGCUGUGAAUUCUUUCUGAGAAAGAAAAAGGAUAAGCAGCAUCCAGAAUUGUCCAUCAGUGCUUGUGAAGUGCAGUC